CGCAUGCCCCAGCCAUGAAGGCGGCGGUGGAUCUGACCAUCAUCAAGACGGAGAAGGUGGACAUCGAGCUCUUCCCGUCCCCCGACAUGGAAUGUGCCGAUGUGCCUUUAUUAACUCCCAGCAGCAAGGAAAUGAUGUCCCAGGCACUGAAAGCCACGUUCAGCGGCUUCGCCAAGGAGCAGCAGCGGCUGGGAAUUCCCAAAGAUCCCCAGCAGUGGACGGAGACGCACGUGCGGGACUGGGUGAUGUGGGCGGUCAACGAGUUCAGCCUCAAGGAGGUGGAUUUCCAGAAGUUCUGCAUGAAUGGAGCUGCCCUCUGUGCCCUGGGCAAGGAGUGCUUCCUGGAGCUGGCGCCUGACUUUGUGGGAGACAUCCUUUGGGAACAUCUGGAGAUCCUGCAGAAAGAAGAGGUAAAACCAUACCCAGCAAAUGGAGCGAACACGACGUAUCCCGAAUCCCGCUACACCUCCGACUACUUCGUUAGGUGUGGAGCUUGA